CUGGGAGCUAUUUUACCACGUGACGCGGGAGAAGCUCGAGAGUAGCCAUCAUUAAUUUCACCCAAAUCAUGUUCAACCUAAAAUGGUAUUAUUAGGUAAGUCUAGUAGGGCUACGGUGAGGAGGCAAACCACCAUGGCGUAAGGUUAAAACCGUGAACUCGAAGCCGUGUACCUCGUCUCAUUUGCCAUCAUUGUCCUACCGUUUAAAUAGUUAUAAGGGAGACCUCCAGCCCCAAUCUGCCCUGGCCUUGACCCGCUGUUCCCUAGAGACGCCCAGCCGGGUCUGGAGCUGCACCGUGGUGGACGGGGUCUGCAGCUGAUUUGCUCUCCCCCGUUUGACCUAAGCAGGGGGGGGAGACGGGGGGAGUAGGGGGUGCGGUCAGAGCCCACUCUGAGCAUGGGGCAGAAGGUCCCCGGGGGCAUCAAGAGCAUUGACAUGCGGGACCCAGCGUUCAGCCCCCUAAAGCUGGAGCUCCAGGCCCUGAACCACACCAAACCGUCCCGGCUGGACCUGCUGCUGGACAUGCCGCCGUCGGGCUCCGACGUCCAGGCGCAGCACUCGUGGAACGACGAGGACCGCUCACUAAACAUCUUCGUCAAGGACGACAACCGGAUGAUUUUCCACCGGCACCCGGUGGCGCAGAGCACGGAUGCCAUCCGGGCCCGCGUGGGCUACACGCGCGGACUGCACGUCUGGGAGAUCAGCUGGGCCAUGCGGCAGCGCGGCACCCACGCCGUGGUGGGGGUGGCGACGGGCGAUGCCGCCCUCCACUCUGUGGGCUACACGGCCCUGGUGGGCAGCAACACUGAGUCGUGGGGCUGGGACCUGUGCCGCAGCAAGCUCUACCACGACGGGAAGAACCGGCCGGGCAAGACCUACCCGGCCUUCCUGGAGCCCGACGACACCUUCAUCGUACCGGACUCGUUGCUGGUUGUUCUGGACAUGGACGAGGGAACUCUGGGCUACGUGGUGGACGGACAGUACCUAGGGGUGGCCUUCCGUGGACUCAAGGGCCGCAAGCUGUACCCCGUUGUGAGCGCCGUUUGGGGCCACUGUGAAAUCAGGAUCCGGUACAUCAACGGGCUCGAUCCGGAGCCUCUCCCUCUGAUGGACCUGUGCAGGUGCUCCAUCAGGGUGGCACUGGGGAAGGAUCGCCUGAGCGAGAUCCAGGGCUUACCGCUUCCAGCGUCCCUCAAAAACUACCUUCUCUACCAAUGACCAAUGGCUGACAAUCACGGCAUACACAUAAUCGCACACUCCUCCCCUUCCUUGCAUCUCUCUGGGAUCCCAUUUGGUUUCAACCUACUUUACCACACUACUACAGAUUAUAUCUAAUCAUCCUUUCUGUUUUUUGGUUCCCCCCCAACCCACUCCGCUCACACAAAAUCGAACCUCAGUCAAUAGCACUGCUUUUCAUGUUUUGACAAGUGCUCAGAUGACAAGACCUGCAUUGCUCUUGGGCUUUGUACCCUACACUGUCUUCUUAAAAUUCACAAAAGUGAGUAUUCCCUAAAGUCGGACAUCAGGACUCACUGAACACUAUGCAGAUGCUGGGUUCGCGGUCGCCUGUGAACACUCGCUUUCAAUAAUGCACCUCUUUCAGUUGUGACGGUGAGGUGGGAUGACUCAUUGGUACCUCUGCUGUAACCGUCAGACCUCUUGGGAAUCUAGGAAUUAUGAAUUUACCCCAUGGGUUUUUAAAGAUGGAUGCGUCACACAUUUUGUGUGCAAACGAGCUGAUGAAAUUAAAUAGUAGCUUUUUCGAUUUGGAGGUUGGAGCGAUGUGCUCUUAGUGUCUGGCCACAAGAUGGCAGCAUUAUCUUACAUGGACACCACCUCAUUGAUAUUAAAAGUACCCUCAAUAAGUUGGCUUUUAGAAAACUUGCAUUUUUAAACAAACUAAUAGGAUUUGCUGGAGAGGUGAUGAUCAACCGACUUGGUAUACAGUCUACAGUAGGGCUUUUGAUGCACCAUUGUGUAGCAUUUGCGAGUACUGCUAUGGUAAACUUCAUUCAGCAGUCACCCAAACUCCAGAUUCUCUUUUCUCUUUGCACUCUUCACCAUCAGGUUUCUCUGCAAUAUGGAAGUGCCUGUUUGUUUACCAUUAGGGUAUCUGACUGGGGCAUGGGUAUCAUGACCAGAAAUCUUUUAUGAUUCUAUGUCACUGUGACUUUUGUGUGUAGCAUGCACCUGCAAGAGAAUUUCUCAAAUUCGUCUCCUGUCUUUCUGUCACUUUAUGCCUCUGUUCAUUUUUCUUGGUGUUGGGAUUUUAAAGUGGAUGGAUUGGUUUGGGAGCCAUGUUCAAACAUGAGAAUGGCAUGUCGCCUUCUUUUAACAACCUCCAAAAGCUGCAUAUGGUUCAGGCAUUAUAAUAUUUAGGCGCGGAAACCGCUAUGAUAUGCUGCAUCAAUGACAAGCAAUUGUGGUCAAAUUGCCAACAUGUGACAUGCAAUGGAUAUUUCCAAUGUGUAAUCUUUUUUCUAAUGUGCAGAUGUCUUUUUGUUUCUAUUCAUUUUAGCUUAGUGCUGGAUGUGGACUCGUAUUUAUGGAGGACAAAUUGUACCACAAAGAAAUCAUGAAUAUUUAAUUUACCCUUUUAAAAACUGUUUUAAAUAAGAACACAUUAAAAAAUUAUCAAAGAUCCUUUUUAAUGGAGCAUUAAAUGGAACCUCAAAGAAUACAUUUAUUGUUGGGAUUUACGAAUCCAUCAUUAAACUGCUUUUAACAGCCAUGAUAGUGUUUUUAAAUCGAUCAACUUAUUAGACAAUAGUUUAAAAGUAUGUUUAGAUAAUUCCUUUAUGAUUAGUAGUUUUCCGUAUUAAUUUCCUUAUUGCUUUUCCUUUGACGGAAUUCAUUUCCCAUGCUACUCUAACAAAGACAAGCCUUUUAAUCUUCUAAAGCUCACGCACCGACUGUGCCACUAAAGAAAUACACAGAGAUUCAAGCUCUUGUCUAUACGACAAUGUAGUUUUUAAGUUUGUUGCGUCUGGUGCAUGGUCUGGACGGGCUGUCGGGUACAUAUUUUCGUAGUUAAAAAGAUUUUCAAGCAUGUUAUUAGUUUAGCUUUGUCACCAUAUUAAAGAUUAUUUGUGGCCAAUUUCUUAGAACACUUAAUAAAGCUAUAUUUUACAAGAAA